AUGCUCUUCUAUGCGUCUUUCGGAAAUAUUCUCGCCAAUGUCGCGACCAUGAUAUCUUUAUCCGGCAUAGAAGCUGGCCAAGAUUCGGUGAUGUGCCAAUCACAGGGCUUCUUGAUUCAGAUGUUCAUGCCUGCAGAUGCGCUCUGGACCCUGGCAAUGGCCUGCAACGUCUACCUUACGUUCCGUCAUAGAUAUUCAUCAAGUCAGCUUCGAAGUCUGGAAUGGAAGUACCUGGUGGGCUGUUACGGAAUCCCGUUUAUCCCAUCCAUCAUCUACGCCUUCUUGAGAACGCAAUCCAAAGGAAGAAUCUACGGACCUGCCACACUUUGGUGUUGGAUUGAUAUCAAGUGGGAUCCGCUUCGAAUUGCCACUUUCUAUGCCCCCGUUUGGAUGUUGUUCCUCGUCACAAGCUUUAUCUACCUCUCUGUUGGAACAGAAAUUUACCAAAAGCGGAGACAACUUCGCAGCAUGGCUUCACGAAGUCUCGAUACCGUUCAGAGUAUGAAGAGGGUCGAAGUCCAAAUCACCACCGAGAUUGCCAGGGAAAACUACGACAUUGGCGACGCCUCAUCCCCUGCGACACACGAGAACUUCCCACGGGAUGGAAAAUUCUCUCAAUACGCAGCUUUCGUUUCAUCCGCAGACCACACCGCCGUGAAAACCUCGGAAGCGCUCAAGUCCGGUCCGAAGAUGUCCAGUUCCGAUGCCGCCGCUUGGGCCUAUACAAAGUGUGCUAUGCUCUUCUUCGCUGCACUUCUCAUUACUUGGGUGCCUUCAACGAUCAAUCGUGUCUACACCCUGAUCGCCGAAGGUGAUGACAGCUUCGCGCUUUGUUAUUUCGAGGCCCUUGUGCUUCCUCUCCAAGGAUUCUGGAACUGUAUUAUCUAUAUCACCACAUCUCUAGGCGCCUGCCGAAAACUUUGGGCGUCUCUUUUCGCACACAGGCCCCUUUCACAAAGAAUCGCCUUGUCUAAUAUGCAUGUGGAGAAAGGAAGACCUUUCAGCAGGAUUGAUGAAGCUUCAGAGAGCACGAAGGACUUGGCAUCGGAAAGUCCCACUCCCGGUGAAUGCUGA